AAAUUAUUUAUAAAGUUUUCGUAAUAUAAUUAUUUGUUCAGAGCUUAAGCGGUAGGGUUGCUCUCAUCCGGGUUUCGGAGACUAUUUUUGGAUGUUCUAAAAAUAGCGGAAGUGAGUCGGUAUAUAAAACUUUCGACGGCCAUUUUUUGGCAGUGUUUAUGAAGAAGAGGUGGAGUGAAAUUCAUAGUGUUUAGAGAUUUAUAUAAACAAUAAGACAUUAUAGAAUAUAAAAAUGCAGGCUAUAAAAUGUGUAGUGGUUGGUGAUGGUGCUGUUGGUAAGACAUGUUUACUGAUCAGUUACACAACAAAUGCCUUCCCUGGAGAAUAUAUACCUACAGUAUUUGAUAAUUAUUCUGCAAAUGUUAUGGUAGAUGGUAAACCGAUUAAUUUAGGAUUAUGGGAUACUGCUGGACAAGAAGAUUACGACAGGUUACGUCCCUUGUCAUAUCCACAAACUGAUGUGUUCCUUAUAUGUUUCUCUCUGAUAAGUCCCGCCAGUUUUGAAAACGUUAGAGCAAAGUGGUAUCCAGAAGUGAGUCAUCAUUGUCCAAACACACCAAUUAUAUUGGUAGGAACCAAACUAGAUCUGAGGGAAGAUAAAGAAACAGUAGAGAAACUGAGAGAGAAGAAACUGUCACCAAUCACAUACCCACAGGGACUGGCCAUGGCGAAGGAAAUCAAUGCUGUCAAAUAUUUAGAAUGUUCAGCUUUGACACAGAAGGGUCUGAAAACAGUGUUUGAUGAAGCUAUCCGAGCAGUGCUGUGCCCUAAACCCAAACCAAAGAAAAAGAAGUGCAAAGUCCUAUAAUAUGAGAACUUAAUAGAAUUUUAUGUGUUUUUUGGGGAGGAUGUUUUUGUUAUUAAAUAUAGUACAGUUAUGUAAACUCUCAUUUAUUAAUAGACAUAAUAUGUGAUAUUGAGGAAAGUAUUACACAUGGCGUGUGUGUCGUGGUUUGUAGGCUGAACAGGGAAUAUGUUUGUUUUUACACAAAAAAAUUGUGUCACAAGACCACUCAAUGUUAUUUUUUGUGAAUUUGAAUUUAACCUGACAAAUAUUUUGGAGUUUUUUCCAACUUUGAGAAAAGCAAAAUGAUGAAAUACUUUUUUUGAGAACAUGAUUGAAAAUUGUUGGUUGCAUAGUUAUUUCUUUUUCUAAAUAUGUUUAAAAGUACAAACCAAAUUUUCAUUCAGAAUACAGAAAGCAAAUCAACAUUGAACAUGAAAGUUUUGUCGAGAAUAUUUAUGGAGGGUAUCUGUAUUUUAUUAUAUAUUGUAAACACUAUACAUAUUGUAAUGAAAACAAACAUAUUUGCAUGUGUAUGUCUUUUAAUACCAGGGGCCUUUAAAUUCAAUAUAACAAAAAGAAGUAUUUCUUAAUUCAGUUUCAAUACUGAAACACUUAUAGGAUAUUUUGAGGCAAUGCUUAAAACAUUUGUAGGAGUAGAUAAAAUAGUAAGUAAUUUUGCACAUUGAACAACAUGAUUCACAUUGCACUAUUUAAUAUUUCAAUUUUAUUUUUAUAUUUUCUAGAUUAGUAGGGAUACUUUCCCAUUUCUGGUACAUUACAUGGAAGUUGCAAAAAUCCUGUUAAUAUUUUGAUUAUUGAUUUGUAAUUCAUGUUUUAUGUCUAGAUCUAAAGAAUUUGAGGACAUUUAGUGCUAUUUUGUUUGAUAGAACUUUUUUAUAUGAUUAAAACUCAUUUCAUUUUUUGUAAACACUUUUAAGCAUUCUGAAACUUCAUUGAGUUGAAAUAAAAUAUUUUCUUAUUUUAACAAAUACCUUUUAUGAAAAAAGUUUUCUUCAUUAUAUGUUCAUAUUUCAAACAGUGUGAAAAAGUUAUAGUUAUAGUUUAUGGCAAUUUCCUAAUAUUCAGUUUCAUAUCUGAUCUUAUGCCAAACUUGUGAUGAAAUGUGUUUAUAACUGAAAUAUGAAACAAAUUGUCAUAAAAUGCUCUAUCAUUUGCUGUUUUAAUAGAAAUGCUCUGUUGAUAACUGUCUUUUCUUUGUAAGAUUUUAUCUGCUUUGUUAGCUUCUGUGUUGCUUCUUAUUAAAGCUAGAAAAUUUUAUUUUUAAUUUUUCUCAAAGGAUAAUUUGUGAAUUUGUUAUAUUUUUUAUCAUAGAAGUUUAUUGUUCUGUUUGUGAAGAUGAUCCUUCGUAUGUACAGUGUACAUUUACCUACCCAAAUGUAAUGUACAUUGUACAUGAUUAUAAGAUAGAUAAUGUACAUAGGCUAAAAAUAUGUUAUAUAUCUAUAGAAUUGUACAGAUAUUAUUUCUUAACUGUUCCAUUUCACAGACUGUAGAAAUGUGAUGUUUGUUUCAUAAUUUGUGUCAGCAAAAUGUUUUAUUGUUUGAGUAAACUUUAUAAUACGCACAUACAAAUUUAAUUGGUAUAUUUGAGUUAGUUUUAGAAAUUCAGUUGUCUUUCAUUUACAUAGUGGGAAUAUAUUAAAAGAAUUUAUAUAUUUUUCUCACUGUGAAUUUACAGUACUCUAAAAUUCUUUAGACUCUUGUUAAUACAAGUUGUCUCCCCUUGUUAUGGUAAAGGGAGAUAAUUUAACCAGUUGUUUAUUCAAUUCACCUGGACUUCCUUGCAGUCAUAUAUCAAUUUUAUUAAUCUUAUUAAAACCACUCUGACUUGUCUUGCACUUAUUUUUUAAUUUUGUUGCAUAUGUAAUAUUAGGAGAUAUUGAAUCUUAAACAUUCUAGUAUUGGUUUUUUUUGUGAAUUACUUUACAAGUGUUUGAACAUUUCUACUUCCUCAUUGUAACAUUAUUGUAAUGCUAAUAAUGAUAAAUUUGUUCUUAGACAAUUAAAUUCACUUGUUGAUUUUACAAAGCUUGCUGAACAAUACAUUUGUACUUAUAUUUACCUGUUUUCAUUAUGUGUCAUCAUUGAAAUUAUGAGUUCUCAAAUGUACUGCUGUCUAUCUUCAUAUAUUUUUUCACCCACCCUUCUUUCAUUCCAAAAAAAGGUCACUAGGGUCAAAAACGGAUACAAUGAUAGAUUUGAAUUGUGGUACAAAAUGUUGAGCUGAUAAUUUUAACAACUUAAAACGAUACUAAAAAGUUUGAUUUUAUUUUGUAAAUGUUUAUUUUCAGUCUGCAUUCUCAAAAGAAGACUGAAAGAUAAAGUACCACUUGGAAUAUCUGAUAUGCUUUUUUUUUUAAGCAAGGAGUUUUAAGGGAUUAGAGAAGUUAUUUAAAAUGAAAUUGAGUUAUAUUUGAGAUUCUGAGAAUGGAGAAAUUCUGAAAUUAAUUAAAUAAUGGUAGAAAUCGUAGAGUUUAGAUAGGAAAAAGUCAAUGGCCUUGUUUGAAAUGUGUUCUUUUUUGUUGCAUUAAAUUAAGACUAUGGUGCCAAGUUUUUAUCUAGCUAUGCAUGAGAUAUGGUAACAGAUAAAUUAUUUUGUGAGUAUCAGACUUAUUUUAUCAUGCUACCACAUUUUUCUAAUGAUUUUCUUAGGAUUUAUAUAGGAUCUUUUUUAUACAGAAUAUUGCUGAUAUUUUCUAAACCUAAUCAUGUUACUUUGACUAAAGAAAAGUUGUCUUAACAAUAGAUUGUACAUUAAGGCAUGGAAGGAAAUGAUUCAUCAUUUACUUUUUACUGUUGUUCAUCAUAGCCGGAGACCAGUGCUUUUCGCUUUGAGGGAAAACAGUUUAAAUUUUAGUUUAAAAGUCAAUUCUGUUUUAAUGGCAUGACUGUUUGGUUAAAGCUCCAGAUUUUAUCUUUGUCGAUCUGUUUUCAUUACAUGACCGUUUGGAAAAAGCUCUUAGAUUUGAUCUUUUAUCUACAAAACCUUUGUAAGGCCAGUGUAUAAGUAACUAAUAACUUUGUAAUUGUUAUAAUAUAGAAUCUGUGUAGGUUAAUCAGUAACUGAAGUUUACACACCUUAACAAAGUAAUGAUGUUCACUUCAUGUAUUUAAAUGUUUUCAUUUGGUGUGAAUAUAUAUAACAAAUGUAUAUGUUCAUAUAGGCUUCAUUUAAUGAUCAAUAAAAUAUUAAUAUAAUUUG